AUGCUUGCAUCCUUCAAGGCGGGACAGAAGCUUGCGAUGAGCGCCUUCAAAGCUGAUAGUAAACCUUUCGAAUGGAAGACCUCUUGCCCUCACCUCCUUCUCCACCGAUGGCCUUCACAUCAUUUUGUCUUCCAAACGGCCUCGGACGUCUGGCAAGCUACUGGUCUCGAUUCCUGCCAAAUUGGCGUCCGUAUCAGGAAAUGGCCAGUUUGGUGGUUGCAAAUUUGGGUUCAGAAGAAACACAAAAUUGGUGCAAAUUGUCUCCAGGCUUGUCCUCGAAUUGUCGUCCUUUUGGCCUCAUGA